AUGGCGUUGUCCCGGGACGAACUGCUCAAACCUAUUUGGCACGCGUUCACCGCGCUGGACGUGGACCGGAGCGGGAAGGUGUCAAAGUCCCAGCUCAAGGUCUUGUCCCAUAACUUGUGCACUGUGCUGAACGUUCCUCACGAUCCUAUGGCUUUAGAAGAACAUUUCAAAGACGACGAUGAGGGUCCAGUCUCCAACCAGGGAUACAUGCCAUAUCUGUCCACCUACAUCCUGGACAAGGUGAGAGGAGAGUAUGACAAAGUGGACUUUUACCACAUCUGCUGGACGCUCUGCAGCAAGAAGAAGCUGGAACACUGUAAACUGCAGAUCUGUGAGGAGGACGCCUUUAGGCUCUGGUGCAUCUUCAACUUCCUGAGCGAAGAUCGGUAUCCACUGGUGCUGGUCAACCAGGAGAUGGAGUACUUGCUGCGUAAGCUCUGUGAGGCAAUGGGCGGGUCGUGGGUGGAGCAGGGUCUGGACCAGACAUGGACCAGGUCUGGGUCGGACCUUUCGGUCUGGGACCUGCUGGAACUCAUGGGGGCCGGACUCUUCAAGAACAUCCACCGACACACGCUGUCAAUGGGCAUCAACGAGGUGUUCCAGGAGCUGAUCCUAGACGUGCUGAAACAGGGGUUCCUCCUGAAGAAAGGACACAAGAGGAAGAACUGGACAGAGCGCUGGUUCGUGCUCAGACCUCACUGUGUUUCAUACUUCACUGGAGAAAAUCAGGAGACGAAGAAGGGAGACAUCCUGCUGGACGGGAGCUGCUUUGUAGAGUCGCUCCCGGACAAAGAAGGGAAGAAGUGUCUAUUUCUGGUGAAAUCGUCUCAAAAAAGUUUUGAGAUCAGCGCAUCAGACAAAAAGAAGAAACAGGAGUGGAUCCAAGCCUUACAGAUGGUGGUGUCGUUGCUACGGCAGCAUAGAGCCGCUCCUCACAGAGAAGCUCGUGAGAAGAGGAGGGAGCAGAGGAGGAGGCUGCAGGAGGAGCAGAGGGAGCUGGAGCAGAAGAUGAGCGAGCUGCAAACAUCCAACGAGGAGAAACAGAGGGAGCUGGAGGAGGUCCGGAAGGCUCUGCUGGCGGCGGCAGAGAACGCAGCAGAAGAAGAACGCAGACGACUUCAGACUCAGACAGAACUCCAGGAGAGAUUCAAGAGCGAACUGGACCAGGAGAAACUGGUGCGAGCGCAGGCUGAGCAGCAGAUGUUGCAGAAGUCCUCUGAGCUGGAGGUGUAUCUGCAGAGGGUGAAGGAGCUGGAGCUCAUGUACCAGCAGCUUGAGGGCGCUCUGGAGGAGGAGCGCAGAGCCAGAGGAGAAGAGGAGGCCGUGAGGACCCUGCAGAGCAGGCUGCUGGAGGAGGAGUCUCUGAAGCGUGCUGAGUUGGAGCAGAUCCACCUGAACCAGAAGAGGGCGCUGUCUGAGACCGAGGCCGAGAACCAGGAGCUGCAGAAGGAGCGUGCGGCCAAGGAGGCAGAGCUACAGGAGGCCAUGACGCAACUCGACCAAUUAGAGACCGAGAGGAGGGGCGCGCUGCAGCAGUAUGAGACGGUGAUGAAGAAACUGGAAAACGCCACAAAUAAAACCAAGAGCUGGAAACACAAAGUGGAGGAACAUGAGGGACUACUGCGCCUCAUACAGCCAGGCCAGAAGGGGGCGCUGAUGGUGACCAACUGGGGUCCUGCUGCUGAUCUUCAGCAGCAACAUUCUGAGAGGAUGAAGCUGUUUCUGUUGCUGAUUUUCUCACUGCUGUCGACGGCUCUGCUGCGGCCGGCUCCUCCCCCUCUAGCUGAAGAUCGGCUUCAGAGUCGAGUGAAUAGAGAAAAGCCAGCAACUGUCAAACAGGGGGCGCUCUCUGGUUGUCACUUGUCCACAUGUGUCCAGCACCAGCUCAUCCACGCCCUUUUCCUGCUACAGCAGGAACAGUACAAGAACACCAGCUCCCCCGACAAGAUCAAAAAGUACGGAAGGAGGAGGAGGGGGGUAGAACGGCCAAGACCAGUCCAGGCCAAGGCUUCUGGAGGGUAG